CCUUCUGGGCGGGUUUUGAGUGGUCAUUGUUAUAGAUAGAAAUUGAUCUAGAUCUGGCAACCACAACAGCAGCUAGUCAGCCACCAUUGUUCAGCAACCUCGGUAGCUUGCUAACAAACAGCAGAAACAUGGAGCCCUUUAGACACUAUCGGUGAUUAUUUGAGUAUUAGCCAUUUUGUUUUCAACACACUUUCGUCGUAUCUACCAGUUACCCCAUUUAAUAGCAUAUUUACGUUGUUGUUGUCAGUCAACUAGAUGGAUGGUUAAAUUACCACUACGUUAGCGAGAUAACAUCCCCGACCAUGAGUUCCCUAAGCUACUCCCUCCCUGCUAAAGAAGAGGAGGUCGGAUGGACGGAGAAAGACGCUCCCGUGAAAGAGGAGAAGGAAGAAGAGGAUGUCACAGUAAAACAAGAAGUAGAGGGUGAGGCUGUUACAGUGAAAGAAGAAGAGAAAGACGUUACAGUGACAGAAGAGGAAGAAGCUUUCGGAGUGAAAGACGAGAAGGAUGUUACCGUGAAAGAAGAGGAGGAAGAGAAACAAGACGAUGCGGUUUUUGGAGUGAAAGAGGAGGCGGCGAUGACAGUGAAGGUAGAGGAAGACGUUUUUAGAGUGAAAGAGGAGGGGAUGACUGUCUCGUUGGAGGAAGAGGAGACUGGAGAUCUUAUUAAAACCAGAGAGAGAACAGACUUUCAUUCUGACAGUGGGAAGAGUCCUUCAGAGGAACCAGAGACGUCCAACCCAGCAAGACGACACUGCUGCUCCCAGUGUGGAAAGAGUUUAACUCAGUUAGGGAACUUGAAAAUACAUGAACGAAUACACACCGGAGAAAAGCCUUACCAAUGCUCCCAUUGCGGGAAGAGUUUUACCCAGUCAGGGUACUUGAGAACUCAUACGAGAAUACACACAAGAGAGAAACCCUACCAAUGCUCCCAAUGUGGAAAGAGUUUUACCCAGUCAGGGCACUUGAAAGAACAUAAGAGAACACACACAGGGGAGAAGCCUUACCAAUGCUCCCAAUGUGGGAAGCGUUUUACCCUGUCAGGACACCUAAAAGUGCAUGAAAGAACACACACAGGUGAGAAGCAUUUAGCAAGACCACACCACUGUUCCCACUGUGGAAAACAUUUUACUCAGUUAGGGAACUUAAAAAUACAUGAACGAAUACACACAGGAGAAAAGCCUUACCAAUGCUCCCAUUGUGGGAAGAGUUUUACCCAGUCAGGGUACUUGAGAACCCAUACGAGAAUACACACAAGAGAGAAACCCUACAAAUGCUCCCAGUGUGGAAAGAGUUUUACCCAGUCAGGACACUUGAAAGAACAUAAGAGAACGCACACAGGGGAGAAUCCUUACCAAUGUUCCCAGUGUGGGAAGCGUUUUACCCUGUCAAGUCACCUAAAAGUGCAUGAAAGAACACACACAGGGGAGAAGCCUUACAAAUGCGCCCAGUGUGGAAAGAGCUUUACCACAUUAGUUCAAUUGAAAGAACACAAAAAUAAACACACAGGGGAGAAGCCUUUCCACUGCUCCCAGUGUAGAACAAGUUUUACACAAUCAGGAGGCCUAAAAAUACAUAUGAGAAUGCACACAAAAGAGAAACCCUACCAAUGCUCCCAGUGUGGAAAGCGUUUUGCCCGGUCAGGGCACAUGAAAGAACAUAAGAGAACACACACCGGGGAGAAGCCUUACCAAUGCUCCCAGUGUGGGAAGAGUUUUACCCUGUCAGGGCACUUAAAAGUGCAUGAAAGAACACACACAGGGGAGAAGCCCUACCAAUGCUCUCUGUGUGGAAAAUGUUUUACCACAUCACAGAAUCUUAAAGUACAUGAGAGAAUACACACAAGAUAGAAUCCUUACCACUACUUCCAGUCUGGACAUUGAUAUUUUACAUCACAUGAAGAGGGAGUGGUUACAAAAUUGAUUGGACAACACCUAGUAAGCAAUACUAUACACAUUAAAAAGCGAAAUAAUGUAGAUA